GAUUAUUCCCACAAAAGUCGUUCCAUGGAAGACCGCAUAUAUUUUCUUGUUUACACCAUAAUGGAGCACUUAACUGGUGCUAGGUCAGCCUACGUUGACUAAGAGAAUGAGAUCAAGUGUAGCAGUUGUGGGGAAGAUACGGACAAGUCAGCAUUGUUUACAGACAUUGAAGGUUGAACCUACCAGGAUCAUUUAUCAAAGGGUGCAGAAGAUGACAACAUUUCUUGAACCUUACAACCCCCCAUCAUGGGCAAAAGAAUUGAAAUUUAUACCAAAGUUCCGAGUGCAGCUGGCACAACCUAACACUCCUAUUCACAAGUGGAAUAUUCCAGGUGCUCCAGAACGUUUCAGCAUCCACAUCAAGCGGGAUGACAUGACUGGAGGUACUCUUUCAGGGAACAAGGUCCGGAAACUGGAGUUCCUGUUUGCCGAUGCCAUUGAUCAGGGCUGCAAGCACGUGUGCACUGUUGGCGGGAUUCAGUCCAAUCACUGUAGGGCGGUGGCUGUUGCAGCGCGACAACUUGGUCUUAUACCACAUCUUCUUCUUCGCACUACCACCACGUCACCAUCAGAUAUUGGUUGUGAGGGGAACGUGUUGCUGAACCGGAUGUGUGGGGCACACAUGUACAUCGUGCCCCGGGCUUCACCGUACAUCGCUGAGCUGAGGCCCAGACAGGAGAGACUGGCAGAGAUUAUAAAACAACAGACCGGAGAGUCUACUUACCUCAUACCUGUCGGGGGUUCCAACAAGGUGGGACUGUUUGGUUACAUCUCUGUCUUCCAGGAACUCCAGACACAGGGUGUGCUGGAGAAGUUCGAUGAUAUUGUGUUUACAUGUGGCAGUGGAGGCACCGCGGCUGGACUAAGUAUAGCUAACUACCUGACAGGUAGCGAACUCAGAUGUCAUGGGUUCGUGGUGUGUGACGAUGACGUGUACUUCUACAAUCACAUCCAGGAGACGCUGGAAGACGUUGGCCUCGCCCACGUCAACGCUCAAGACAUUGUGGACAUCGUGACAGGCUACAAAGGGAAAGGCUAUUCCAUCUCAACUGAUGAGGAGCUGGAUUUCAUCACUGAUGUCAGCAUCCAGUCGGGCAUCCUGCUGGACCCCACCUACACAGGGAAGGCAGCCUGGGGCAUGGUGCAGGAACUCUCCUCCAACCCUGGCCGCUUCAAGGGGGACAGGGUCUUGUUUCUUCACACAGGUGGGGUGUUCGGGCUGUUCGAUGGCAGGAUGAAUGCUGUUCUGAAGACACCUACUUCUGAAACUGAUAACCUGAAGAUGUGGCCAGACAAAACAUGUGACCCAUCCUGAUUGCCUCUCGGACCUCUGGUUAACUCAUUAUUCUGAUCGUGAUAACAUGCAUUGGGCUACCAUCCCUUGGACAACUCAUUUAAUUAACAUAUUGAAUAUACAUCGUUAUUGAAAAUAAUGUCUUUUUGUGGUGUAUUUUUGUUUCUACCAUCUUAAGGGUGCAUGGGUUGGUUUACAGUCUGUGGGUACAGCCUAAUGCUUGAUGGAGUAUUUAACAAACCAAAUUACAUUGUAGAUAUAUCUGAUGCGUGGAUGGUUUGUAUGGAAGUUGUAAGAAUACCACAGUUAGGCAUGUAUUGUAGAUGAAAAAACAUCUAGAGUUAUCCCCACUGGAUCUAUUUCAUUCAGAAAAUAUCGUGACUAUCAUCAGAAUUUCAGCUGCCUCAUUAAUUUGAUAUAUUGCAAAUGUAAUGUCAACAGUUUGCCAACUCAGAUACGAAAUGUACCUUUUAUGUUAGCUGUACAUUGAAUAUAUUGGGAGGGAUCUCAGCCAAUCAGAAGUCGACAUAAAUGUGAUAUUUAAGAUGUCAUGUAUUGCCAUUAUGCCAUGCAGUUAUUGUUGAUAUGUCCUUUAAUUAGGUAUGAAAAUGUCACUUAGUAAGUGAUUGAAAUGUUGGAAAUAGAUGUGCCCACAACUCAUGUCUGUCAGUGAUAAUCAAUAUUUCAGGGAAGCUGUGUAAAUUCGAAAUAAUAAAUUGGAAAAUUUA